UUCAUUAAUCAUUUAGAUUCGAGUGUUCGAGAAUUAAAAGUGAAUUACGAAUUAUGAUUGUGAAUUUCAUGACGUGAAUGACUCAUUACUAUUCAUGUGAUAGAAAUAUAUAAAGUGUAGACAUUUACAAACUACGUUAUUGUUUUGGUGACCUCAAACUUGUUUGAACCUUACAUCGUUUCAUCUUUGUUUAAAAUGGAAUUUCCUCAUAUUGGCAAGAAUUGUUCGUACCAAUCAUGCAAUAAAUUAGACUUCCUACCUAUGAAAUGUGGUGCUUGUCGUGAAGUAUUCUGCUCUGACCAUUUUGCAUAUGCAAAACAUGAGUGUCCUGAACCAAAUACUCGAGAUAUUCAGGUGCCUGUAUGCCCAUUAUGUAGUGCACCAGUGCCAGGCCGGCGUGGCGAACCACCUGAUGUGGCUGUAGGAGCACACAUAGACAACCAGUGCACAUCAGAUCCAGCCAGAGAAAGAAGGAAUAAGGUUUUCACAAAUAAAUGUUCAUUUAAAGGGUGUAAAACGAAAGAAAUGGUACCGCUGGUAUGUGGUGAAUGCACUCUGAACUUUUGCUUGAGACAUCGCCACACAACUGAUCAUUCCUGUGAGGGUAAACUAGCGGCCAAAAGAAGACAGGCAGCUAAUGCAGCUAUAGCACGUCGAAAAGCAACCGAAAACAAGAUUUCAAAUUCGCAAAUCGCCACAAAUGUUGCGUCAUUCAAUGACGUACAAGGGAAUAUGACUGAAGACGAAGCACUAGCGCAUGCGCUUGCAUUGUCAUUGCAGGAACAAAACGCAAACCAUGCAGAAGAUAAUAACUUUGCACGAGCUCUAGCCAGACAACGCGUUGGGGGUGAACAAAAUUCAAGAUGUUCGAUAUCUUAGCAACAUUACAGUAUCACACUAAUUAAACUUAGUAAAAUAGCAAAUUAUUCAGCUGCAGCUGUGAAUAAUGCUCAUGUAAUUUCAAACUCUCAUAUCUACGGAUUCAAAGUUGACAGAUAGACCAAAAAACAAAUAUAGAGAGUGGUAUAUCAAGAUAAAUGUAACAUCGAUUACUAUUGGGUACAAUUUAUAUAUAAGUGAGAAGUAUGCUAGGGAUUUCCUAAUGAAUUAGAGAAUUUAGUUGGUCUAGCAGAAAUAAGAAUUUCGCUUUACCUUACCACUGGAAAAGUGGAAAAAUUGAUAGUUAUAUCUUAUUGUACAAUUUGAGCGAUAAUUUAACAUAUACGGACUUUGAACUGAAAAUAGAAAAGAUCCUAUCUUUCUCUUUUUCAGUUCUAAAUUCAUUCAAUAUUUCUUACAAUAUAAAAUUUUAUAUAUGUACAUGAAUACCAACAUUACUAUGAUGCCUAGCUCUUCUCUAUAUAUUUGUAAGCCUAAAUUGAUGAUAGAUGUCGCUAGUAACUGUAUCUAAAUUUGAAAUAUAGAAUAAAUAUUACUAUUAAAAUAAUAACAGGACUGAUAAUUAUGUUAAUCAUCAUUAUAAAAUUUAAUAUUUGACGUAAUCUCCGAAUAAAUUAAAUGUCUAACAAGUGAUAACUUAACCAUAAUCAUAUCGAUCAGUUCAGGUCGCGAAGAAAACAAAACAGCAUGAUAAUUGGUCCAAUCUAGGGUCUCGGGGGUUCCGAAUCUCGCCCAAUCUCACGGGGGAGAGAAGGGUCUCAGCAAAUAUUACGUAAUUUCUUUCCGCAAAAAAUAAUAUUAACUAUUGCAAGUAAACUGGGUUAAAUUAAGUAAAGCAUGUUUAUCCACUUAAAUAUGACUGAUUAGUAUUCAAUACAUGUUUUUUUAUUUGAACGCAAGUAUAAUAAUAACACAAUCAUCUCUCACUAGUUUAGCCACCACUGACCAUAUAACGUGAAAAAUUACACUUGAGAUUAAGGAAGCCGAGGUUAAAGGGGUCGAAAAUUUGUCAAAGUCCCCUCAAACUGCAAAAGAAUUAAAUACAUAUGUUAAAGAAUCAACAUAUCCUCAUGAAUGAUUGUUUAUUGCAAUGUGUGAUGAUUGUUCUGUAAUAGGUUAGUGUUUUUCAAUAUUUGCCUAAUGAAGUAAUUUUUGCGUGUUAUGAGUAUAAAAAAUAGCAACGUCAGCACCUAGAUAGUUACUGUAAUACAUUAAAAAAAUCACUGACGUGGGUACACAACCUCUGUUACUUGUUGCUGGAAAAGUUUGAAAAACACUAAUAUACCGUUGUUGAGUAAAUAGUAUAGACAACGACAAAUAAUUUGAGCAUUGUUUUUACGACAUGAAUUGCGUUGCGUAAUAACAAUUUUACCUAAAAUAACAAUGUGCGCUUCGUUUUGUUCAAGUUAUUUGCAGUCAAGUCAACUGUAUGAGAUAUGUAAGAAUUUUAGAAUAUUUUACUUGUCACUAUUAGCAUUGGCCACUAAACAGUAUUUUAAAGGCAAUUGCUGUUACUUUAUUUGUAUUUUAACUAUGACAAUUUGAAUAUUAUUAAUAAUGAAACUCGCAUACAUAACGAGUUUUAAUGUUAUAUGAGACUACACCUAGCUUCGUGCUGUGUUCACCAAUAAGUUAAGAUUUACCUUUGAAAUAUAAUAUUUUUGAGAUAAUUAUAAUUGUUGAAAUAUU